AUGAGUACAACGACUUCUCCUACACUUGAACAACCAGCAAGAAGUCAAACAGCUGAUGCAUCUUUGAAUAGAAGACGACACAAAUCUGCUGGUAAAAGACAAACAACAUUUCGAUCAUCGUUUGUUCCACCAACUCGUGCUACUAGUUCAUAUCGUCAUAAUAAAUUAUACCGGUGUCCACCAACACCACCACCUGAAGUUCAAUUCGAUCGAGAACGAAGUUUUAUUCUUGAUUCUAAAGCAGUGUCGAAUAUUUCAAAUGAUUAUUCAAUAGCUAAUCCUAAAUUAGGUUCAGUUAUUCCACCAUACAAUGCACAAUUAGAUCAUCAUGUUGAUAAUUAUUUUAAAUUUUUUGGCAUACGAAAAGCAUUAGAAGGAUCGGGACAAUCAGCCGCUCAUGAAUCAAUUGCAGGUCGAGUACAUGAUCGUUUUUAUACAAGUGGUCAUGGUUAUCAUUAUUUAUCACUUCGAAAUAAAUUUGGUUCAGGUCAUUCGAUUGAUGAAAUUCGUGGUCAUGAAUUAUUUUUAAGUGAUCCUAAAGCUGUUGUUAAUUAUAAUGGACUUUUCGGUUAUCGUCGUAAUACACCGUCACUUCGUCGACAACCAACAAUUGGUACAACAAAAAUUGACGCUUGUGGUUAUAUUCCUGUUGGUCGUUAUUCAGUUAUUGGUUGUGGUAAAUCAUAUGCAUUCCAUUGCCGAUGUAAAUUCGAUCAACCAUGUCGAUGUCAUAAUCAAGAAAAACUUUGUCCUUGUGUUAAAGUAUAA